GAGAUCAGAGAAAUGGAGCUGUGGAGAGUUAAAGGACGUGAAUUGCUAUUGUUGUUGCUGUUUAUGUUUCUGCAUUCAGGUGUCGCUCUGGAACUGACGGCUCCUUCCACUUACAAAGCAAUUGUGGGAUCUGAGACAAGUAUUCCCUGCACACUCACUGUGGACAGACCUACUGUGAAUCCCAGAUUCCUCGUAAUAUUCUGGUAUUUCCAGGGAAAGGAGAUCCUGAGCUACGAUGAUACGCUGACAAGAACCGAUGACAGGUUUUCCAUAAACACAACCAGGAUAAUAGAUGGGGAUGUGUCUCUGUAUAUAUCCAGAGUUACAGUAACUGAUAGUGGACUCUAUACCUGUGUAGUAAUAUACAGUCCGAACAAAAAGGGGAUGACUGUCAGCUUGACUGUUGAAGCUCUUCCAAAGGUCACUAUCACUAGGAGGAUUGGUGUUAUGAAUAAGGAGAGUGUUUUAAACUGCUCAGUCAUCGGAUUCUACCCUAUGGACAUUGACAUUAAAUGGUUGAAGAAUGGGCAGACAUUGUAUAAUUAUAGAGUAUUUACACCUCAGAGGAACCCAGAUGAUACAUACAGUGUGCACAGCACAGUAACCGUAAUACCCACCGAGGAGGACAGAAACCAGAUCUUCUCCUGCAGGGUCCAACACGAAUCUCUCUCUAAACCUCUCCAAGAAGACUUCAAGCUGAUAUACGGAGCUCCUCCGAUGAUCACUAUCACUAGUAAAACAGCUGUUAUGAAUGAAGAGAGUAUUCUAAGAAGCACCAUCACUGGAUUCUAUCCUGUGAAUAUCGACAUUAAAUGGUUGAGGAACGGGGAGAUCCUAAAUAAUUACACAGUAUCCACACCUCAGAUGGACAUAGACAAUACAUACAGUGUGAACAGUACAGUAACCAUAAUACCCAGCGAGGAAGACAGAAACCAGAUCUUCUCCUGCAGGGUCCAACAUGAGUCUCUCUCUGUAACUCUCCACAAAGACUUCACGCUGGAAUAUACAGCUGAUAAAGGAUCUGAAACAAAAAUAAUUCACAUUAUAAAUUCGGUAACGCUGGCUAUUAUUGCAAUAAUAAUCAUAGCGGCUUGUUGCUUUUGGAUAAAAUACAAAAAUCUUAGAUCACAUCCUGCUCAGCCACGGAGCGUGGAGCGAGUAGUACAAGGAGAGGAGCAUGUUGUGACACAACCAGUAGAAUUAGGAGCAUUACAAAUUGCGGAACGAAAUAGAGAAGGAAGAAUAAACGGAUUGUAUGAAAGAAUGAAACGGUCAAAGAACAAAAAAGGAAAAAAGGAAAAUAUUGAGUCAUCAGUAAUGUGUGAUCAUACGGUGAACCAACUUUUGAGAGGAGAGGAGGCAGAUGCUGAGACAGAGACUCCAAGUGUCUCUCGCGAUGAAAGAAAGACAGAAACUGGAAAAGAGACUCACAUACACCCUCCUGGAAGAGAAACAAAAGAGGAAGCUGUUCAAACAGAACUAGAACCUUUAAACGAAGCACGUAGAUAUAACGUAGAAAGGCUUGAAGAUCCAUACAAAGAUAUUUUCGCUAAAUUGGAAUUGCAACGCUUCAUGGAAGACGGAGAUUUAAAUAAUAGUUUUGAACCUUAUUUGAUGGGAGGACAUAGAAGAUUAUAUAGUUCAAAUAUUACAGGAAUUUCAUUAGAGGAAAACGGAAUAGAUUUUAGAAUGAGAGACUCUGGAACCAACACAGCGUAUGGGUCAUUGGUAGACGAUGAGGAAUUUGAACCUUGCAGGAUUGGAACCUCGGUUUUCCAAAUCUAA